AUGACAGAUACCGAGAUUUGUGCCGGUUGUCUCAGAGUUAAUGAAAGAGAGAUUGCUGUCUCGUGGUGUAAUGAUUGUGGGGAACCAGUUUGUCGAACUUGUGAUAAAGCCCAUAGGAGAUUUGCUGUACCUCAUGACGUCAUUGGUAUAAAAGAUAUAUCCAACGUUAGCAAAGCCAUAACCAAGGUUUGCAGAGAACAUACUGGGCAGAAAUUAAUCUUUUUUUGCGUCAUUCACGAUAAAAUUGUUUGUCAUGUCUGUAUAUCUGAAUCACACAAAGAGUGUGAUAUUUACCAUAUAGAGAAAGCUGCCAAGGGAAUCAAGGAUAGCUCAGCAAUACAUGAUCUGAAACAACGAAUAUACAACCAGAAAUAUACCAUAGAAAAGGUGAAGGAGAAAUACCAUGAGUUGUCCAGCAAGAUAGACCAGGAUAAGGAGCAGCAACAAGAACGUUUAGCCAUUGAAGACCGUUUGAAUCGACUGGAGAAAAAUAUAGAUGACCAUUACAACCAAGGCGGUGAAAAAGUAUCAAGCAGCACAGAACAUUUGAAGUCCCUAGCACAAACAGCCAAUACUCACCUGCAAGAUAUUGAAAAAGCAGAAACAGAAGAGAGCGAAGAAAACUUAUUCCAUCUCGUGAAACUGCUCGAUACCAGUCAGUUGUCCAAUGAGGAAAAUCUUCAGCUUUUAGAGAAUGAUAUUAGCAAUAUGUCGUUACAGUUUAUUCCUGAGAAUUUCAUUGAAAACAUUGACGCAAUGUUGACAGAAUUGUGGAAGGAUUCUCAAACGACGUCGUUAAAAAGCCAACAUAGUGUGAAUAAGACCAGGCAGUCACAGUUACGCGUGGAUUUAGAGGAACAACAAAGUCUUGAAAAAACAGGAAUUUAUCAUGCAGGAAAGUCCUCGAAAUUUUAUGCAUGCUGCUUCAGCGAAGACAACAAGGUUGGAAUAAUCGAAAAACAAUCCGUUCGUGACGAGCAUCCUAGUCCUUUUACUACUACAACUAUAUACUUGCGAAUCAUUAACCUGAAGGAUUGCAAGUCACACGCUUUCCAACUUGACUGUAAAUAUAAUUCUAUAUGUAAAGAUACUAUUUGCUGGUUCGAUCGAAACAACAUACUGAUUGUUCAAAAUGAUAGUGUUCAUAUUAUUGACCUUGAAUUAGAGGAUAUUUAUCGUACAAUUAACGUAAUUAGGUAUCACUAUGGCCAGUAUCCUGCAAAUGGAUAA